AUGGCCUCCCUCUACGACCUCACCAUCCCGCUCUUCAUCCGCCAACUCACCCAACUCAACCACAUCCUGCACAAAGGCGAAGAAUGGUGUUCGACGCACAACCUCGACAAGAAGAUUUUGUUGGAGGGGAAGUUGGUGGAGGAUAUGCUUCCCCUAACCUUCCAAAUCCAAUCCGCCUCCAACACCGCCAAGGGAAUUCUACACCGCAUCGGCGGGAUGAGCGAGACGCCCAUGCAGGAUAACGAGACCACGUUCCCGGAACUGUACGCCCGGAUUGAGAGGACUAUCGCCCUGCUGAAGACCGCGAGGCGAGAGACGUUUCUUGCUCCGGACACCCCCAUCCACGUGAAACUAUCCAAAAGGGAACUAGAUUUCCCAACGGCGUUGCUGUUUCUGCAGAAUUUCGCGCUGCCGAAUUUCUUCUUUCAUCUCGUUACGGCUUAUGGGAUUUUGAGGAGUCGGGGCGUGGAAGUGGGGAAGCUGGAUUUUUUGGGUAUGGGGAGUGUUGCUGAGGUUACGAGUGUUGAGUGA